UCUCACUUACCCACCACCCACUCGUUGGUCGCUCACUCUCUCGGUGGCUUCAAAUACAGAACCCAUCCUCGACCCCGACCCCCUCGCUUCCCCGUCUCAUAUGAUAAAACACGAUCUUUAACAGAGCUCCUUUGUGCUCUUACAAAGCGAGGCCUCGCCUCCUCGCUCUGUCUCCUGGCCUCGGGCCCGACCUCACUCUCGCCGUCUCCCUCCCCAUCUCAGCCCGAUCACAUCCCCGGCAACCGGCAACCGGCAACCGGCAAAAUGUCACACCUUCAAGCCCAGCUCAAGAAUUUCAGCGCCAGCGUAGUCGACUACGCGGCGCGGAUGCCCCAACAACGCCGCUUCGUGAACAGCAACAACGCCAACACCAACACGUCCGGCAGCAGCUCUCAGCUCCCAUCGUCGACCUCGACCCCAACACCCGGCGGCAGCACACUUGACGAAGCAAAGCGCAAACGCCACGAUGCGGACAUCGUAUACUCGCAGCCGGCCAACACAGGCACGGGAAAGGAUAUCAUGACGCAGGUGGUAUUCGCGAUCGAGCACAUGAAAUCCAAGGGCACUCCGCUCCGAUUUUCCGACAUCGUCAGCUACCUGUCCCUGCAACACCGAGCAAAUGACCAAGGCUACAUCCAAGCGCUGCGGAGCAUCCUACAAGUGCACGAGAAAGUGCAAUACGACCCUAGCGGAGCCAACGGCGAAGGCACAUUCGGGUUCCGUCCCCCGCACAACAUCCGCACCGCCGAACAGCUGCUCCAGAAACUGCAGGCGCAGACCACAGGUGCGGGCAUGAGCGUGCGUGAGCUGCGCGAGGGCUGGCCUAACGUCGAGGAUACGAUCAAUACGCUGGAGAAGGAGGGGAAGCUCCUCGUCACCCGGAACAAGAAGGAUGAUCACGCCAAGAUGGUCUGGGCGAAUGAUCCCUCGCUCAUCCAGGUCUUCGAUGAGGAGUUCCGCACUAUUUGGGAGAAGGUGCGCGUGCCCGACCAGCAGGCUGUCAAGGAGGAGCUGGAUAAGGCGGGUAUUCUGCCCACCAGCAAGAAUAAGGUCGUCAAGCAGAGGCCCAAGAUCGAGCAUAAGAAGGUCAAGAAGGCCAGACGCAGUGGGAAGACUACCAAUACCCAUAUGAUGGGUGUUUUGAGAGAUUAUUCGCAUUUGAAACGGUAGUAUGCGGUUUCUUAAAAGUGUUUCGGCUUUUCUUUUUUUUUCUCUUAAGAAAAUUGUCCUGGGAUUGCAUUUCUGGCGUUAGGGAAUUAGAUGGUGGUGCCUCCUUCUUUUCCUUUUGUUUUGUUCUCAUGGAAGACUGGGAAUGGCUGCUGUGCUUCUCUUUCCUUUCCUUUUCUUUCUUUUCCUUUUUUUUUUUUUUUUUU